GCCUUUUGUGUUUUUGGAAUGAAAUAUCCAAUGGCCUCGGGCUUAUAAAACGCCACUGCUUUUAUUUCUCUUUUGCUGCGCCUUCUUCUUCUCAUCAUCAGAUCAGAUUCUUAUGGCCUUUUUUCACCUUUGUUUUCUACUUUUCGCUGUCUAAAACUGAAACUUGCCGCAGUUAUAGGAUCCAAUUCCCACUUUUAUCUCUGAAAAUCUCACACAUCACCAACUACAACUUCUAACUGUCAUCAAAUCUUGCAAAUCCCCUCAGUCUCCAAUUUUCUUCAUCAUUUUUUCCUCUUAACCAAACAUGAACACAGUUCCAUUCCCAUAUUCUUUUUUAACAAUUUCGCCAAAUCCUCAAUUAUGUACUAAAAAUCCAGUCUUUUUCCCACCCACCAAGCCAAAUCCUCAAUUAUGUAUUAAAAGUCCAAUCUUUUUCACUUCUUCCGCAAAAAGGUGUUACUCAAAAUCAAGAACUAAAAGACGGAGCCUUUUCUCAGUUUCUUGCUUGAUUAUGGACAAAGAAGCACCUGUAGAAGAGGGGUUAAGUGUUGUUGACAAAGUUCAGAUUUUAGCUUUGGAAUUUAGGUCCUUAUCAGAACCAAUUGAUAGAGUGAAAAGAUUAUUACACUAUGCAAGUAUUCUCCCUCCAUUAAGCGAGUCAGCUAAGGUUCAAGAAAACAGAGUCAUGGGUUGUACAACUCAGGUUUGGUUAGAGGUUAGGAUGGAUAAAAGGGGUUCAAUGAGGUUUAGAGUAGAUAGUGAUUCAGAGAUCACAAAAGGGUUUUGUUCUUGCUUGAUAUGGUUGCUUGAUGGAGCAGAACCAGAGGAGAUUUUAAGUGUUACAGCAGAGGAUUUGGCUGAUAUGAAUGUGGGGUUACCUAGAAAAGGACGUUCGAGGGUAAAUACUUGGCAUAAUGUGUUGUUUAGUAUGCAGAAUAGGACUCAAGAUUGUGUUCAGGAGAGGAAUAGAGCAGCUUUGUCUUUGGAAGAUUUUCAUUCUUUAGUUAUUAAGCCUCAUGGAAGUUACCUGGAAUCUGAGUUUGGUCAUUGGUGUAUGUCUGAAUUCACGAGGGCAAUAAGGCAGAAUGAUUACAGAGAUGGAUGUACAAGAAAGUAGUCGACGAUAUUUACGGGACUGCUGACAGAAACUCUCUCUUUUGCUUACUAUUGUAAUAAAUUUCGGGGUGGCUAUUACUAUAGCAUAAUAUUUGCACUCUUUCAAGGUAUUUGAUUGAAGAUGAGCAAUGAA